GUCAUCACGUACAGGAAGUGAUUGACAAAUGUCAACGCAUCUAAACAUUUGUUUCUGCAGAGUAAAACCAGUCCCAGCAUGAGACAUGGAGGAUCAGAAUUUGUCUAAAGUGGUUUUGUUGGCCUGUGGAUCCUUCAACCCCAUCACCAACAUGCACCUGAGAAUGUUUGAACUGGCUCGAGAUCAUCUGGAAGACACAGGUCAGUACAAUGUGGUGAAAGGAAUCAUCUCUCCUGUGGGUGAUGCCUAUAAGAAGAAGGGGCUGAUUGAGGCUCGUCACCGUGUGGAAAUGGCCAGACUGGCCACAGAAAACUCAGGAUGGAUUACAGUCGAUCCCUGGGAGAGCCUGCAGCCCGAGUGGGUGGAGACAUGCAAAGUUGUUCGGCAUCACUAUGAAGAACUGAUUGCAGCCGAGCAUAACAUCGACGAUGUGGACACAGUCAAGUGUGCAAAAAAGAGACGUGUGGAGGAGAAAUAUAUUGACAGUUCAGCUCAUCCGAAAAGAAAAGACAGCCCUCAGCUGUUGCUGCUGUGUGGGGCCGAUGUCCUCGAAUCAUUCGGGAUUCCCAACCUGUGGAAGCCGGAGGAUAUUGCGGAGAUCGUCGGACGCUACGGUGUGGUUUGCAUCACCCGCAGCGGCAACGACCCUCACAAGUUCAUCCACCAGUCAGAUGUGCUGUGGAAGCAUCACAAGAACAUCCACACCGUCCACGAAUGGGUGACCAACGAUAUCUCGGCCACUCACGUGCGCCGAGCGCUGAGGCGAGGUCAGAGCGUCAGAUAUCUGCUGCCAGACAGCGUCAUCUGCUACAUACGGGAGCACAACCUCUACAGCGCCGAGAGCGAGCAGAAAAAUGCUGAUGUGAUCCUUGCGCCUCUUCAGAGAUACACGGACGCCUCAUCGAGCUGAUGAAAAACACCCAUGAAGGUUUCCAGUAAAUUUAAACUAAAUAGAACAAGAGUGACUCCCCUGAAACUUCCACCAGUGCCUAAACUGCAGAUCAGCCUUCCUGAUGAGUGAGUUUCUUGAGACAUUCAUGCUUUUCUGUGCAAAGUCAUUUAAGGACCGUUUCAUUUUGCAGCAGUGAUGUUAUGCGAGUGAACAACAAACUGAGCACAAGUUCAACUAGCAUCCACUGCUAAAAACAAGCAUUGUUUGCAGUAAUGAAACAGGUUUUAAUAUUUACUUAACGUGUUUGUUAUUGCAUAAACUUAAAAUCAAGAAAAAUAAUUUUAAAUCAGGGUUUGUUGCACUCAGUUGAAAUUUUCCAUGCACUUCCC